CUCUACUCUCCAUCCUCAUCUCCGUAUUCUCAUCUCAUGAUGUCCGCCACCACCAACCUCGUGACCAUCGAGUCGCCCGAGCAAUUCACCUCGGUGAUGAGCGCAGAUCUAAACCGCGUCAGUCUGCUAAACUUUUGGGCGCCUUGGGCUGAGCCAUGCGAGCAGAUGAAUGGCGUAGUCAAGGAGCUGGCGGCAAAGUAUCCUAAAAUUCUGUGCCUGAAUAUUGAGGCUGAGUCGCAACCAGACGUCUCUGAGUCCUUCGAUGUCGACUCUGUUCCCACCUUUGUCCUCCUUCGCGGUCAUACACUUCUAUCUCGCGUGACAGGAGCCAACGCUUCCGCUCUUGCCUCAGCUGUAGCCUCGCAUGCUGCCGGUCCCUCUUCCUCAUCCGCCGGCAACGGACCCUCCUCCUCCACCUCCUCUGCACCUCGAGCAGCCCCAUCCACCUACCCUGGCGCAGUAGAGGGAAGCAUUGAUGCUCACUCUCUCCACCAACCGCCUGAGAGCGAGACGGAGGAGGAGCUAUUUGAGAGGUGUAAGCAGAUCAUGAAGAGCAACAAGGUCAUGCUUUUCAUGAAGGGCAACCCGGAUCAGCCAAAGUGUGGCUUCUCACAAAAGACGGUGGCUCUAUUGAAGCAGGAGGGAGUCGGAUUUGGCACGUUUGACAUUUUGCAGGAUGAGGCAGUCAGGCAGGGUAUGAAGAAGCUCAAUGAUUGGCCGACAUUCCCUCAGAUCUUUGUGCAGGGAGAGCUGAUCGGCGGGUUGGACAUUCUCAAAGAGCAGAUUGAGACAGGCGAGUUCAAGGAGUUGCUUCAGGGUCCAGGUGCAUAAAUAGCAAUGACUUGAUAGAUGAGCUGGUGGCUUGGGACGCUGCCAGCUCUUACUUGUAUACCGAAUGCCUGUAUGAUGCUCGCUCCAACCGAACGAACGCAAAUUACAGGGGCACUUUCCUCAACAGGUACACCGCGGGCCUCAGUCCCAUCUCUACCACUCUAGCCCCGCCCAUCUCAUCAGCCUGCUUCGAGCCCUGCGCAUUCACUUCACUUCGUUCUCCUUCUCCCUCUCCCUCUCCCUCUCCCUCAUUCAGCACGAGCCUCUCGAGCUUCAUCAUCCAUCUGUGAUGACCGCGCCUCCUGAUCACCCCUUCCACCUCUAUCAAGGCUCUCUGCAACGUCUUGUGUUCUAGCGUGACAGCUAUAGCACAAUGGUAUGGCUUGAGGGUGCGUAGACAGGCCUGUAGGAAGUGCGCAU